GAGAGGCAGAGAGGCUGACACAGACAGACAGAUUAGACACGCUGGAUUCAGUCGCAUCUCCGCUCUGCUGGCUUUUAUCUUCUCCUUCGUGGUUCCUCCUCCUGCUGGGAUGAAGAUCAAUCCGUCAGGUGAUCCAUGAGGCAGCUGCAGGAGGAGCAGAUGAGUUUCUGACCAGCAGGAAGCCCAAGAUGAAUGUCUAUGUUUGGAGCUGAGAAGCGGCGAGAUGUACGAGGAGAACAGCAGAAGUAGCACCCACAAUGGCUACACCACAUCAGUGGAUGGCGAGGAGGGAGGAGGUGAGGGGGAGGAAGAGGAGGAGGAGGGAGAGGCGGAUGGAGGGGGAGGAACACGAGAUGAGGAAGAAGAGAAGGACGCGGAGUGGGAUGAGGACCUGGAUGGAGGCAAUGAAGGAGGUGUGAGGAUGACGAGAACAGACACGCUUCACUCCACCACCAGUUCCACCGGAACACAGAGAAGAAGAGGACAACACGCAAAGAAACAGGUGCAGGGCAGCAACCAGGUCCAGCGAGCCCCACGAGCGUUGUUCUGUCUGAAGCUCAACAACCCAAUCCGACAAGCCGCGCUUCAUAUUGUUGAGUGGAAACCGUUCGACAUCUUCAUCCUGCUAGCCAUCUUUGCUAACUGCGUGGCUCUGGGAGUCUCCAAACCAUUUCCUGAAGAUGACUCCAACUCCACCAACCAUGACCUGGAACAAGUGGAGUACGUCUUCCUCAUCAUCUUCACCAUAGAGACCUUCCUGAAGAUCCUGGCCUACGGUUUGGUGAUGCACCCCAGCUCAUACAUCCGUAACGGCUGGAACCUUCUGGACUUUGUCAUCGUCAUUGUCGGGUUAUUUAGCGUUGUCCUGGAGACUAUGACUCAUAAAUCAAGCGGUGAGCAAGCGCCCACCCAUCACAUGCCAGGGAAACCUGGAGGUCUGGACGUCAAAGCUCUGAGAGCUUUCAGGGUGCUGCGCCCUCUCCGACUGGUUUCUGGAGUCCCCAGUCUGCAGAUCGUCUUGAACUCCAUCAUGAAAGCCAUGGUUCCUCUGCUCCACAUCGCUCUGCUGGUUCUUUUUGUCAUCAUCAUCUAUGCCAUCAUUGGUUUGGAGCUCUUCAUCGGACGUAUGCAUAGGACCUGUUAUUACAUCGGGACAGAUAAUUUUGUAGAGGAUGAGCCAGUGCCGUGUGCGUUUGCUGGACACGGCCGUCAGUGCAACGUGAACGGUUCUGAAUGUCGGGGGAAGUGGGACGGCCCCAACGGUGGAAUCACCAACUUUGAUAACUUCUUCUUUGCAAUGCUGACAGUAUUCCAGUGCAUCACGAUGGAGGGAUGGACCGACGUCCUAUACUGGAUGAACGAUGCCAUCGGCUUCGAGCUGCCAUGGGUUUAUUUUGUCAGUCUUGUCAUUUUUGGCUCCUUUUUUGUUCUGAACCUGGUUCUGGGAGUCCUCAGUGGAGAGUUCAGUAAAGAGAGAGAGAAGGCGAAGGCUCGGGGAGAUUUCCAGAAGCUCCGGGAAAAGCAGCAGAUGGAGGAAGAUCUUUGUGGAUACAUGGACUGGAUCACUCAGGCUGAGGACAUGGAUGAACUGGAUGAGGACGGAAACUCAAGGCCGUCGCUGGGGGAUCUGUCUGAUAAAAAGAAGAAGUUUGGGUGGUUCAGCCACUCCAAUGACACUCACGCGAGUCUUCCAGCCAGUGAAACAGCUUCGGAGAACACGGAGAACAUCGAUGAAGAACACACCAACUGCUGCCAGGCCUGCUGCUCUCAGGUGAUGAAGAUCAGUUGCUGCCGGGUGCUGCGUCGCUGGAAUCGAGUUUGUCGCAGAAACUGUCGAACUGCCGUCAAAUCGGUGACGUUCUAUUGGUUGGUUCUCCUGCUGGUAUUCCUAAACACAUCCCUUAGUGCGUCCGAGCACUACAACCAGCCCGACUGGUUAACUCAAGUCCAGGACAUCGCCAACAAAGUUCUGCUAUCUCUCUUCACGGUGGAAAUGCUGCUUAAGAUGUACAGCCUGGGUCUGGCACAUUACUUUGUGGCGUUCUUCAACCGCUUCGACUGUUUUGUGGUGUGCGCCGGCAUCAUCGAGACCAUCCUUGUGGAGCUGGAGAUCAUGCCUCCCCUGGGAAUCUCAGUGCUGCGCUGCGUCCGUCUGCUGCGGAUCUUUAAGGUCACACGCCAUUGGACAGCUCUGUCCAACCUGGUGGCAUCCCUGCUGAACUCCAUGAAGUCCAUCGCCUCACUGCUGCUCCUGCUCUUCCUCUUCCUUAUCAUCUUCGCUCUGCUUGGCAUGCAGCUGUUUGGAGGGAAGUUCAACUUCGACGAGACUCAGACCAAACGUAGCACCUUCGAUGCCUUCCCGCAGGCGCUGCUCACCUGCUUCCAGAUUUUAACAGGCGAGGACUGGAAUGUGGUCAUGUAUGACGGCAUCAUGGCGUACGGCGGUCCUGUGUUUCCAGGGAUGAUUGUCUGCAUUUACUUUGUCAUCCUCUUUAUCUGUGGCAACUACAUCCUGCUGAAUGUCUUCCUGGCCAUUGCUGUGGACAAUCUGGCUGGUGGAGAUGGAGAUGACAAAAAGAAAGAUAAGAAGGACGAGGGUGAGGUUGAGGGUGAGGCGGAGGCUGAAGGAGAAGUUAAGGUGGACAUUGAUGAAGAUACUGAGUACGAGGAGGAAGAGGAGCUUCCUGAAGGAGAAGAUGAUGGAGGGGUGCAGCUGAAGAUGGCUGAUCUUGCACCUCCUAAAGAGAAGGUUCUCCCCAUCCCAGAGGGCAGCGCCUUCUUCUGCCUCAGCAAGACAAACCCGAUCCGUUUUGGCUGCCACACUCUUAUCCAUCACCACAUCUUCACCAACCUCAUUCUGGUCUUCAUCAUCCUCAGCAGCUGUUCAUUGGCUGCAGAGGAUCCAAUCAGAGCGCACUCCUUCAGGAACAAUAUCCUUGGCUAUGCUGACUAUGCCUUCACCUCCAUCUUCACUGUGGAGAUCCUGCUGAAGAUGACGGUCCACGGAGCGUUCCUCCAUCAGGGCUCCUUCUGCAGGAACUGGUUUAACCUUUUGGACCUUUUGGUCGUCAGCGUCUCACUCGUCUCCUUCUUCUUGCACUCCAGCGCCAUCUCUGUGGUGAAGAUCCUUCGAGUCCUCCGGGUGCUUCGACCCCUGAGAGCUAUCAACAGAGCCAAAGGACUGAAGCACGUGGUCCAGUGUGUGUUUGUGGCCAUCAGGACCAUCGGAAACAUCAUGAUUGUCACCACGCUGCUGCAGUUCAUGUUCGCCUGCAUCGGGGUGCAGCUCUUUAAGGGUAAAUUCUACCGCUGCACAGAUGAGGCCAAAAGCACUCCUGAACAGUGCAAGGGGACCUUCGUGGUCUACAAGGAUGGCGACGUGAGCCACCCCAUGGUCCGCCAGCGCAUCUGGCUCAACAGCGACUUCAACUUUGACAACGUGUUGAUGGGGAUGAUGGCGCUCUUCACCGUGUCCACCUUCGAGGGCUGGCCCGCGCUACUCUACAAAGCCAUUGAUGCCAACGGAGAGAACUCUGGUCCCAUCUACAACUACAGAGUGGAGAUCUCUAUCUUCUUCAUCGUCUACAUCAUUAUAAUCGCCUUCUUCAUGAUGAACAUCUUUGUAGGUUUUGUCAUCAUCACCUUCAGAGAACAAGGAGAGCAGGAGUACAAGAACUGUGAGCUGGACAAGAACCAGCGUCAGUGUGUGGAGUACGCCCUGAAGGCUCAGCCGCUGAAACUCUACAUCCCCAAGAACCCAGUUCAGUACAAGUUCUGGUCCAUCAUCAACUCAACUGGGUUUGAGUACGUCAUGUUUGUCCUGAUCCUGCUCAACACUGUUACGCUGGCUGUUCAGCACUACGAACAGUCCAAGACCUUCAGUUACGUCAUGGACAUCCUCAACAUGGUCUUCACUGGACUCUUCACUGCAGAGAUGCUGCUGAAGCUACUGGCUCUAAGGCUGCGGCACUACUUCGUUGACGCCUGGAACUCCUUCGAUGCUCUGAUCGUGGUCGGCAGUGUGGUGGACAUCGUGGUCACAGAGUUCAGCAGUGGCGAGGACAGCUCAAGGGUGUCUAUCACCUUUUUCCGCCUGUUCCGAGUGAUGCGAUUGGUCAAACUCCUGAACAAGGGGGAAGGGAUUCGUACCCUACUCUGGACAUUCAUCAAAUCACUGCAGGCGCUGCCCUACGUCGCUCUGCUCAUCGCCAUGAUCUUCUUCAUCUACGCUGUCAUUGGCAUGCAGACGUUUGGGAAGAUAGCCAUGCAGGAUUACACCCAGAUCAACCGAAACAACAACUUCCAGACUUUUCCUCAGGCGGUUCUCCUCCUCUUCAGGUGUGCCACAGGCGAGGCGUGGCAGGAGAUCAUGUUGGCCAGCCUUCCAGGUAAGCGCUGUGACCCGGAGUCGGACUACGAACCGGGAGAGGAGUUCAGCUGCGGCAGCAACAUCGCCAUCGUUUACUUCAUCAGCUUCUUUAUGCUGUGUGCCUUCCUGAUCAUCAACCUAUUUGUUGCCGUCAUCAUGGACAACUUUGACUACCUAACACGUGAUUGGUCCAUCCUGGGGCCUCAUCAUCUGGACGAAUUCAAGAGGAUUUGGUCAGAGUAUGAUCCUGAGGCCAAAGGUCGGAUCAAACAUCUGGAUGUGGUGGCGCUGCUCAGGAGGAUUCAGCCUCCUCUGGGAUUCGGGAAGCUUUGUCCUCACAGGGUAGCCUGUAAGCGCCUGGUAGCCAUGAACAUGCCUCUUAAUGCUGAUGGGAUGGUGACCUUUAACGCCACGCUCUUCGCUCUGGUUCGCACCGCGCUCAAGAUCAAGACUGAAGGUAAUCCUGACCAAGAGAACGAGGAGCUGAGGGCGAUCAUCAAGAAGAUCUGGAAGAGGAUGAAGCCGAAGCUGCUGGAUGAAGUCAUUCCUCCUCAUGAAGAGGAGGAAGUCACUGUCGGGAAGUUUUAUGCCACUUUCCUCAUCCAGGAUUAUUUUAGGAAGUUCAGGAAGAGGAAGGAGAAUGGAAAUGUAGCCGGAGAGUCCGACUCUCCAAAUCCAUCUGCUGUUCAGCUCUGUAAGGCUGGUCUCAAGACCCUGCAGGAUCUGGGUCCGGAGAUGCGUCUGGCUCUGAAUGAAGACCUGGAGGAAGGAGAGGAGGUGGAGGAAAUGAUGGAGGGAGAGGAGUUGGAGAAGAACGCUGGCUAUAAGACGGAGAAUGGAUUUGGGGCAGAGAAUCGACGUGGUUCCUUACUGACCCCUACUGGUGACGGUGGCAUUUCUAAUGGCAGUCUUAUCCACCGAGUUGGCUCCCUCACCAAGAUGGCGAAUGGAAAUGAACGCGACGAGGACCUUCGCCGUGGAGACAGUAUGAGGUCAUCAGCCAGUCGACAUCGCCGGCUGUCCUUAAAGAACGGCCUGCCAGACCACACCCAAAACCGACCGUCGUACUACAAAUAUGGAAGGAGAGACUCCUGGAGGAAUGGAGACGUGGGCGUUUACGGAGAGCACGGUUACUACAGCCGAGAGGAAGACAACGAGAGCGUCACUUCCAGAGACAGACAUUACCCUGAUGACUCCCACUACGGAGACCUCCAGGACGACCACGGCCCGUACACCAACGGUAGUUAUGGUGACGGUUACAGCGAGGGCAGAAGGACAACUCGACGCCGUUUGCUUCCUGCCACGCCCAUGGGUCGGAAACCGUCCUUCAACAUCCAGUGUCUGAGGCGGCAGGGCAGCAGUGAUGACCUGCCGAUUCCUGGGACCUACCACCCAACAUCCCCACCACGCCGCUCUCGACCUCAGCAGGCUUUGGGCAGCUACGACUCCCGGCAUUCCUCAGGACGGUCUGCAGCGGCGGCAUCGGUGUCCUGGGCCAAGCCGUGUCCUCGCCGGGGACGCCUGCUCUACGCUCCGCUCAUCCUGGUGGAGGAGGAGGGCAGCCCACCGUGGGGAGGAGGGCUGCACCCGGAGGGUAAGAACGGUGGACCAGUCAGAGGAGCGGGAGAGGGAGCACCUUGGUACGGUGGCCCUGCUGGAACAUCGGCUCCGCCCCCUUACAGAGCAUACACCACCCUCCGUGUUCCCUCUCAGCUCGGCGCCCCAUUCGCAGAUAAACGAGGGUCAGCGGACAGCCUGGUGGAGGCGGUUCUGAUCUCAGAGGGGCUCGGCCUGUACGCCCGGGAUCCAAAGUUUGUUGCGUUUGCCAAGCGCGAAAUUGCAGACGCGUGUCACAUGACGGUGGAUGAGAUGGAGUCGGCCGCCAGCGACCUACUCAGCUCUGGGAGCCAUGACUUCCUGAACACCACUGCCGACGACCCCGCCGCACUCUACAGCGAUGAGGAGCCAAUCAGAACCAGCUGCGAGGAGGAGGAGCUAGCCGAUGAAAUGGCCUGCGUGACAACAUUCUGAGGAUCCAGGGGGCGGAGCAUCCAAGAGCAACAAAGCUUUCAGCUGGCCAAUGAGAGAGAAGAGGCGGGGCUUUUUCUGGGUGCAGAUUAAUAGGAGAGUCUUGUUCUUUUAAAGAUCAAAAAGAAAAGGAAACCAAAACAGGAAGUAAGAAAUUUAAGGAACUUGGGAGGGAGAAAGCAGCAAGCUAGUGGUUAGAGCAGUGCGCUGUGCUCUGAAAAGGUUGAAAGUACCCGGUUUAAUCCCUACAGCCUGCACUCUGGGUUCCUGAGCAAGACCGUUAAGCCCACACUGCUCGCCGGGCGCCGCACAAUGGCAGCCCACUGCUCCAGAAGGGGAUGGGUCAAAACGCAGAGACUGAUUUUCCCCUAAUGUGGGAUAAUAAAGGGAUUUACAUUACAUUAAAUAUUUCUGUAGCUGGUUUGAAAAGUCACUGGAAGUCCAAAAACAGCGAUAACAUUUAGCUAACGCUAACUGGAGCCGACUCGGUGAGGGAGCUGCUUGGUGACUGGUUGUCAUGGUGACUCCCUCCCUCCCUGAUGGAGGCCUGGGUGGUGCUUAAGCACCAAACUGUCGCUGUGUGGAAACUAAGC